AUGGGAGGAUUUUGGCUUUGUGAAGCAACUAGUUUCAAAGGUGGAACCGAACUUCUGAAACUGAAAGAUUGGGUUAAGAGGGCUGCUUGUUUUGAAGGAGUGAUCACUGUGGGGACAAGAAUGGUUCAGAAUGAAGGCAGCGCCCGUGUUUGUGAUGAAGCAGCUUGUUCUAUUGAGAUUACGAAGAGAAGGUGCAAUGAUGGUUCUACUUUUGAACCAAAACUCCACAUCUUUGCUUAA